AUGCUGCAUCCACCUCCUCCCCCCUCAGCGGUGGCAGCAGCAGCACAGAAGGGGGCUGGUGUCUCUGCCGGGGACGAGCCCACGAAUGAGGAGCUGCUGGAGGCCACACAGGACCACAACGAGCCCCUGCAACCUCCAGCAGCCAUGGAGCCAGAGCCAGCCGUCCUCCCUCCCCCGUCUCCUGCUGGCAGUUCUGAGCUGCUGCCUGCGUCCUGGCGGGCAGUUCUCACUGCGGAGCAGCAGCAGUGGAUCGGCCGGGUGCUGUUUACCAGGAGCAGCAAGGGGAGGUCCCAGCUCAUCAAGGAGCUGAACGUAUGGUGGUACCCUCCCCAGACCCGGCCGAUCUACACCCAGCCUCCCGCGUCCCCCGACCCCUUCUUUGCAUGUCGGCUGUUCCUGUGGAUGCCACACAGGAUCUGGCAUCUGCAGCUGACGUGCCCCCAGCCUUUGUGCACCGGUACCAUGACAAAGGCUGGGCUGUACAGGACCAUCCGGAGGGUCCUGGACAUCGACGGCUGGUAUCUCAUGGCCACUGAGUACCUAGAGUGCCGUCGGUGUAAGAAGAAGGUCGGAGGGUGGUCACAGGGCAUCAUCAGGCAGCUGUCCCCCACCUACAGCUGCCAAUUCCCAGCUGUACUUACGUACAAGCUGUCCUGUGACCUUAGGGUGGUCGCACAGCUGAGGUCUCGCACUCUGGGUAACAGUGCUUCUCGGCUGUGCAACACCCUGCGGGAGGCGCACUCAGAUGCCUGGAUGCGGAGAGCUAUCGCGUACCUCGGCGUGUGCGAGCAGUUCCUGGCCUUGUGCACGGUGAGGGGGCAGUUCCCACCACCACCCCAGAUGCCCCCUCUCCCCUCCGCCGUCUGGCUGUUGACAGUCUACAGCCAUGACGUCCUGACGCGGCUGGAGGAGUACAAGGCCAGGAUCACGUCCACCUUGGGAUCCAUCCUAAAGAUGGAUUCCACUAAGAAGGUGACGAAAAAGCUUGCAGGUACCGCUGAAGACACGGCCGCCUGGGUUACCAACGUGGGUAACGAGCACGGGCAGGUCCUCAUCAGUGUCCUCACCUGCUCCGAGGGCACCGAGGGCCUGUCCCCCAUGGCGGUCGGGUUGAUGAGGCGGUACCGACUGCGGAGAAGUAUAUCCCCCAGCUGA